UUUUAUAUUAAUGUAUGAACAAAAUUGCAGAGCCAACCACUUCUAGCUACGUCUCCAUUCAGAGUUGCUGUUCCUGUUCCUUGUUUUCACAAACUCAUAAUUCAUUAUUCCACACAUACAAAUACAAUAGUAAGAAUCCUUAUAACUGUUUCCCCUCGUUUUUCAUCUCAUGGGUGUGUUCAAGUUUUCAUCUUUCACCGGAUAAGCAUGAAAAAAAUAACCAUGCUUAAGUCAAAACUUAUGUAUUCUUCAAGAUUCAUUACUUUGGACUGCAAAAUGACAUUCACUUGAUCCCUCACAAGGCUUCACCAGCAAAAUUGAAUGGCAACCUCAAUUUGCUUUGUUCUUCUAUCCCUUCUGUUCCUUUCAACAUCCACAAGGGGUGAUCUCCAACACCAUGAAGAGGGUUUCAUCUCUCUGGUCAUAUCUGAUAAGGGCCUUGAUUUUGCCAAGGAUUUUCUGAUACAAAAAGCUGUUGCCUCUAUUGUUGUGUCUCAACUGCCAGAGAUUGAGAAAACUGUGCAAGUCCCUCUUGUUGGGAAAGCCAAAGUGGUUCUUUCUGACAUCACAAUCAAUGAUAUCAAAGUUAAUUCUUCGGUGGUUAAAACAGGAGAGGCAGGCAUUGUUCUUGUUGUUUCUGGUGCCACUGCCGACUUAAGUUUGAAGUGGAGGUACUCUGUUAGCAGUUGGUUAGUCCCUAUUGGAAUUUCGGACAGUGGAACUGCCACUGUGAAGGUUAAUGAUUUGCAAGUGGGACUUACUGUAAAUUUAAGGAACCAAAAAGGAACUCUUAAGUUGAUUCUCCUGGAUUAUGGAUGUCAAGUUGGAGAUUUAUCUAUAAAGUUGCACGGUGGAGCAGCUUGGCUUUAUCAAGUGCUAGUAGAUGCUUUUGCAGGAAAUAUAGCGUCUGCAGUUGAAGAGGCAAUCUCUAAGAAAAUAAAUGAGGGGAUAUCAACUCUUGACUAUUUAUUGCAAUCUCUUCCAAAGACAAUCGCAUUAGACAAAACUGCUGCUCUAAAUAUUUCUUUUGUGGACAAUCCCGUGCUGAGUGAUUCUGCUAUUGAAUUAGAAAUCAAUGGUUUAUUCACAGGGAGAAAUGAUGUUUUGGUACCUCAAGGUUACCACAGAGGAUCAGACAUUUCUGUUUCUGGUGGCGACCAUUCACCAAAGAUGAUAACGAUUUCAUUACAUGAAAAUGUUUUCAAAUCUGGUUCCUUGGUUUACUUCACUGCGGAUAGUAUGAAAUGGAUUGUUGAUGAACUACCUGAUCAAGAUCUUUUGAACACUGCUGAAUGGAGAUUCCUUAUUCCUCAAUUAUACAAGCAAUAUCCAAAUGAUGACAUGAAUCUUAAUAUUUCCAUAUCUUCUCCACCGGAUAUACAAGUGACAAAAAAAGAUGUUGGUGUCAACAUUAUAAUAGAUAUAAUAAUUGAUGUUCUAGAAGCUGGUGAAGUCAUACCUGUUGCAUGCAUCUCCGUGGAUAUUAGUGCCUCUUGUGCUGUGGAGAUCGUAGGAAACAACCUUGCUGGUCGGCUUAAAUUGAGAAAAUUUUCCACGUACUUGAAAUGGAGUAAAAUAGGGAAGCUGCACUUGAAUCUGAUUCAGUCAGUGACAUCAACUAUCCUCAAAACCGUCCUCAUACCAUACCUGAACUCGCAGUUAAUGAGGGGAAUUCCGCUGCCAAUUCUGAAUGAUUUUGCCCUUGAGAAUGCUCGUAUAUUGUAUGCUCCUCCAUGGAUUACCGUGUGUAGUGAUGUUUCCUUCUUAGGAGACUAUUAUCUCAAACACCAAUAGCUACCAGCUUAUGUAUCAUAAACAUGUUCUCAUAGAUCUGUCUGAUUGGUGUACUAAGUGGGAAUAAGGUAAUGAGCAACUUGUCAAGAUGGCUGUGAUGAGUGAAUGACGUGAACAUGCAUAGAAAUUCCAUUCCUCAGCUUCUUAUAUGCAUUCCAUCAUCGGUGUAGCUCUGGAUUUUCCCUUUUGUAGAUCAUGCAAUGCUGUACUGAAGAUUACUUGAAAAAACUGGCAACACCAACAGUCAAGUGUCCUUGUUGGAUUUGGAAUCCUGCACGCUCUUUAUUUGAAUCAGGGGUUGGCAUUUUUAUCUGUAAAUUUGUGACAAUAAUAUUUACUUUUGUUUGGCUACAUAGAUUAAUAUUUUUGUUUCUCAUGUAUUAAUAAAUAGGGGUGUUUGGAAGUUCCGAUAAACCAAUAAAAUCCAUUAUUUGAACCAAAUUAA